AACCGUUUGUGUGUUUUGGACUUACUUCUUAUUCACGAUUGGCUUUGAUCAAGCUUCGCCCCAAAAUAUCUGCUCAGCGUUGCAUAGUUAGAGGAUGAGUUAAGGUAGAAUCUGAUACGGUUUCCUUCGUUUCAUACAUUUUAAGUCUGAUAUCCAACAUCUGCGCUUGACCCCUCGGUUCACGAACUUGGUUGAGCUGUUUGCAGUCAACCUGGAUUAAUAUCCAACUUCAUCCAAAGGGCAAGCCGCUGAUAAAAAGAGAAACCCCUCAAAUGAAACACAACCCCACAUUCUGUUUUAUAUGGCUGCACGUGUAUCGUAUCAAAUGCAUGAUAUGUAGGUCUGAUAGUUUUUAUUCCCCAUGGGUGGAAAUAGGAUCCGCUGCAGUUAUUAUUUGAUAUCCAUUACAAAGGAGUCAUUCAUUUCUGGGGCGAAGUGGAAAGGCUGAUUUCUGACCUGACAUGACUGCCAGGCCUCACUGAAACAACCAUGACACUUGUUUGAAUGCAAGCGCAACAAACUGCCCCUUUAAAAAAGAUAUCAAUCUAUAUUUGUGAUUAUCAUCCCAUCAGAGAAGCUGCUGUAAAGACCCUGUUCAAUUUUCUCUCAGUCAGCCUUUGCGCAUCCAGGCAGUGACGCUGGGGUAAAUAAAGAAUCGGACAAACUCCAGAGCACCCUUCUAGUCAUCAAUUAUUUAUUAUCUGCAGUCGUUUUAACCGGCCAACGUGCGUCUUAUUUGAUGCUAAAUAAACAGGCGAUGUAUCUGUUUCAUUCAGCAGAGAAAGGUGAAUUAAAACAUAUCCACAUAAAGCGAUGGGCUAAAAUGGGUUGGGGAGGCUUUAUAUCCACCACCAGGCCCCUGAAAGCAACUUGAAUGACCUGCCAUAAGCUAAUAAGGGCCCUGAUGCCUUCCUUGUACCGUGCAUCCUGUGAGGCUCUCAGGAAUUCCGCUGUGAUUGCUGCACAUCCUCCCAGUUGCUCCAGUAACUCGGCCAUAAAACGCGGAUUCGUCUGGAGCAUUUGGAGUGUAGUGCAAUAAAGCGUCUGAGACCAAGGUUAUUAACUGCGACUAAGAGGCUGAAAAACAACAGGCUGGGAGCACUGAAAGCUUGUGUUCGCGGACCCUUCCGGCGUCAUUCGUUUCAGCAUCUUACUGUGGCAGGAAUAUGCUCCAUUCGCGGCGAGCCGGCGGCGCGGGCGCUGCCGCCUGCGGCCACUGGGCGGCGCUCCUCAGAUCAAUGUCAUUGCCGCGAAUUGAGAUAUGAAAGAAGUUUUCCUCGCCGCUCAUCUGCUCUGCGGUGUGUCGGCACAUGUGGAUUUCGUUGAAGUUUUCUCUUUACUUAGCCUAAAACAAAAUAUACGACACAGUGGAGAUGCCUGCUCGGACUGGGAGGAGUCUGCAGCCGCCUGGUGUUUUAAUUGGCUGCAGGCUACAGUGAGAAGCGUGAGUAUCAGUAAUUAUUCAGCAAUGUUUUGCACAAGAAAUGUCAGCCAGAAAGGGCUACCUUCAUCCUCCGUCAAAUUAUACCACGACGAUGACAUGCCCCAACAACCAAGCUGGAAAUUCGUUUUUCGUGGAUUCGCUGAUCAACGUGAGAACCGACGGCGUCCCGUAUUACCAAAGUAACGGCGUGUAUUUGCCCCCGGCGUCGGAAUAUUCUUAUGGACUCUCCGGCACCUCGUGUUUCCCGGGGAUCGGUAAGCGCAGCGAGCCAGCAGCCCAAAGCGGGAUCCCCUCCUCCGCCGCGUAUGCUCAGGGGAUGGAGACGUGGCUGGAAACGACGAGGUCCUGUCGCGUGGAUCAGCCCAGCGGGCAGCACAUGGCCCAGUGCUCGUUCUCGCCGAGCAUUAAAGAGGAAAGCGCUUAUUGCCUUUAUGAGUCAGAGAAGUGUCCUAAAGGAGCGACCGUGGACGACGGCCCCUACUCCGCCGCGUCCUGCCCCGUUACCGGCAGCACCGUGCCGGUCCCGGGCUACUUCCGCCUGUCUCAAACCUACGCGUCCUCCAGGCUUUACCACGACGUCCAGCCGAGCGUGAACCCCUUCGCCCCGCAGCGAGCGCUCCGCGUGGAGAGCCGGUCCUCGCAGCUGCCCGCUCCCCCCGCGGAGCCCGAGCGGAAGGAGAGCCACGAGGAGGCGCCGGUCCCCGCGCCGUGCGCUCCGGCCAGAGAGGAGGACAGCCGCCUGUCCUCCGAGAGCGCGUCCUCCCCGGAAGCCGCGGAGACGUGUGGCGCCGAGUGUCCGGAAAAGCCCGUGAAAGGCGAUGGAAAAAUGGAAAGCACGGCCAACUGGCUGACCGCUAAGAGCGGCCGAAAGAAGCGCUGCCCCUACACCAAGCACCAGACACUGGAGCUGGAGAAGGAGUUCCUCUUCAACAUGUACUUGACUAGAGAACGCCGCCUGGAGAUCAGCCGCAGUGUGCACCUCACUGACAGGCAAGUCAAAAUCUGGUUCCAGAACAGGAGGAUGAAACUGAAAAAAAUGAGCCGGGAGAACCGGAUCCGAGAGCUCUCCAGCAACUUCAGCUUCUCGUGAGACUGUGCGUCCGCGGGCGCGUGAGCGGAGCCCUCCACCCACUGUGAGAAUGUCAAUGGAAAACGGGACCCUACUGCUAACUUAUUGAUUGUUGUCCUUUGGAAAAUGUUAUUUUCACGUCUGUUAUAUUUUGUCGUGGAUGUGUAUUUAUAAACGGCUACAUUUGUAACGUCCGUUCAUUGUGUUUAAAAUGUUCAGAAUGUGGACCACAAUGUUUCAGAGCUACAGGCUUGUACAUAUUGUAUAUUCAACCUGAGUGAACCAUUGGAAUUUGCAUGCUGGACCUACGCGUGGAUCCUCGUGUUACAGUUACAUGUAAGGCCUUUAUGUCACUAAAGAACCCAAGAGGUUUGAUCAAUAUUUGCACAUUUUUUUGCUGGUCAAAUUAAUAAAACCCUCCUUGCAACUGCA